ACCGAGCUUGGGAAGCGCGUGCUGGGCUCCUCCACGUGCGGCGCCCGGGAGUGGGCGGGGGGACGUGCGUUCUCCGCGUCAGCGCCGUCACCUUUUUAUGUUUUGAAGGGUGGGAAACAAAUCCAUGUGGGCGUUUGCCUGUGGACGGGAGUCUCCCUGCAGUGACCCGGAGCCUGUCCGGCCGCGAGCGCCACAUUCUACCACGCCGGGAUUAGGUCCUGAAGAAGGAUGGCGGGCGGGGGGAACAUGAAUCUCCUACCGAAAAGCUCCAAGGAGUUCGGCUCUGUUGAUUAUUGGGAGAAGUUUUUCCAGCAGCGGGGAAAGAAAGCUUUCGAGUGGUAUGGGACCUACCUGGAUCUGUGCGGGGUGCUACACAAAUACAUCAAGCCCCGGGAAAAGGUUCUAGUGAUUGGGUGUGGCAACUCAGAGCUGAGUGAGCAGCUGUAUGAUGUGGGUUAUCAGGAUAUAGUGAACAUUGACAUCAGUGAGGUCGUCAUCAAACAGAUGAAGGAACGCAAUGCCAGUCGAAGGCCCCGGAUGAGCUUCUUGAAGAUGGACAUGACACAGAUGGAGUUUCCUGAUGCCUCAUUCCAGGUGGUGUUGGACAAGGGUACCCUGGAUGCUGUCCUGACAGAUGAGGAGGAGAAGACGCUGCAACUGGUGGACAGGAUGCUGGCUGAGGUUGGCCGUGUCCUGCAGGUGGGCGGUCGCUACCUCUGCAUCUCCCUGGCUCAGGCUCACAUCCUGAAGAAAGCAGUGGGUCACUUCUCGCGGGAGGGGUGGAUGGUGAGGGUGCAUCAAGUAGCCCACAGCCGGGACCAGGUGUUGGAAGCAGAGCCUCAGUUCUCCCUGCCUGUCUUUGCUUUCAUCAUGACCAAGUUCAGGCCAGUCCCUGGCUCUGCCCUUCAGAUCUUUGAGCUAUGUGCUCAGGAGCAGGGCAAGCCUGUGCGGCUGGAGAGUGCUGAGCAGCUGGCGGAGGCAGUGCGGGAGCGGCAGCAGUAUGCCUGGCUGUGCAGCCAGCUGCGCAAGGCUGGGCUGGGGAAUGUGUCUCUGGACUUGUGCAGUGGGGACACUGGGGAGCCACGCUACACCCUGCACGUGGUGGACAGCCCCACCGUGAAACCAACGCGGGACAAUCAUUUUGCCAUUUUCAUCAUCCCCCAGGGCCGUGAGACUGAAUGGCUAUUUGGCAUGGAGGAGGGCCGGAAGCAGUUGGCAGCUAGUGCAGGUUUCAGGAGGCUGAUCACAGUGGCCCUUCAUCGAGGUCAGCAGUAUGAUGGCAUGGACAGCAUUCAGGCUGAACUCUCGGCCAGAGUCAUGGAGCUGGCCCCCGCCGGGAUGCCCUCCCAGCAGAAGGUCCCCUUUCUGUCUGUGGGUGGGGACAUUGGUGUCCGGGCUGUCCAGCACCAAGACUGUAGUCCCUUGAGUGGUGAGUAUGUCAUCGAAGACGUACAAGGGGAUGACCGGCGAUUCUUCCGGCGGCUGAUCUUCCUAAGCAGCAGGAAUGUGGUGCAGUCUGAGGCCCGGCUGCUGAAAGAUGCGUCUCACAGAGUCCAGAAGAAACGGAAAAAGGAAAAGAAGAAGCAGCGAUCUACCAGUGCUUCUGAAGAUCUUCCUCCUGCCCCUGGGCAGCCCAUUGAUAAGAGUUACCUCUGCUGUGAGCACCAUAAAGCCAUGAUUGCUGGCCUCACCCUGCUGAGAAACCCAGAGCAGCUCCUAGACACCCCUCUGGCACUGUUGGUGGUGGGCCUGGGUGGAGGCAGCCUCCCCCUUUUUGUUCAUGAUCAUUUCCCAAGAUCUCGCGUGGAUGCUGUGGAGAUCGACCCCUCCAUGUUGGACGUGGCCACCCAGUGGUUCGGCUUCUCGCAGAGUGACCGGAUGAAGGUCCACAUUGCAGAUGGCCUGGAUUAUAUUACCAGCCUGUCAGGUGCAGGAGAAGCCCGGCCUCCCUACGAUGUCAUAAUGUUUGAUGUAGACAGUAAGGACCCAACCCUGGGAAUGAGCUGUCCACCCCCAGCUUUUGUGGAACCAUCUUUCCUGCAGAAGGUCAGAAGCAUCCUGACUCCUGAAGGCGUCUUUAUCCUCAACCUCGUGUGCCGAGACUCGGGGCUAAAGGACUCCGUUCUGGCAGAUCUCAAGGUGGCAUUCCCUCUCCUGUAUGUCCGGCGAAUCGAGGGAGAAGUGAAUGAGAUCCUGUUCUGCCAGCUGUCCCCGGAGCAGAAACUCACCACCCCACAGCUCCUCGACAUGGCCCAGACCUUGGAGCGGACCCUGAAAAAGCCUGGGAGGGCUUGGGAUGACACAUACAUCCUGUCAGAUAUGCUCAAAACUGUGAAGAUUGUGUGAUGGCUGUGGCUAGGCAGUCUUCUCGGCUCAAACUGACUUUGAACUCCUCAUCUACCUGUGAUUGAAGGAAUACAAGGCACAGUACUUUUAGAUCUUGUACUUUUCUUGGUUUCAUACUCAGCUACCUGCAGCCUCCAGCUUGCUGAGGUUGCCAAUCCGGGACAAUAAAAAUCCUUCCCAUCCUAA